GUUAUGAGCACCUGGUAUUGAUAUUACAGAAUUCACUUGUCACAUGACGUUUGUCAGUGAGAACUCAUAACAGUAACGAAACAGUAGGCAUGGAUAUGGAAUGGGAUAAACGGUGGGUACCUGGGUGCAUGUGUACACCUGCUCUUUCUUAUGAUCUCUUCUGACAGCAUUUUCCUAUCGGGACUGCAGGAUUCCCCACCCACUUCCACGCUCGAUGAACAUCAACGAGAGAAGAGUUGGCGGUAGCGAGGAGAAGUUGCGCUUCAUAGCAGGAAUUUCAUCAAAAACAUCAAUUUCUCGCUCCAAAGUAUGCUUGAUAGUACUGUAGUCGAUUGAAGGUGCUCCGUUUCAGGGACAUGUCCCAUUUUAACCUGCGUAUCAUUUCUCUUCUUCAGCGUUGCCAUGGUAUAAAAGCGAGUAUGCUGGAAAACUUGGGCCACGGAAAUCUGAACUGUCAUACUGGCCCACCACUUCAGGCUCAUCCAAGUGAUUCACUCUCUCUAGUUAUCCUCGAUGACUUCCACUCAUCAUCCAUUUCAUUUGUAUCAUUUCAUCCCGUACUGUACAGAUCCAUCAGAUAAAAGUGUCGUCAGGUCAUUUUCACGAAGAGAGUAGUCUCUCUGUAGCACGGAGCUCCAUAGAAACAAGUUGUGAGAAAGGUUAACUGGUUGAUAACCUCCAGCUGGACGGAGUUCCAAGACGUUCUAGAUUAGACUCACGUUUAUAACGUUUCACACCUUUUCAGUGACGCGUGUAAU